UACUUUGUUUGUGACCGAGUUGCAAAUCGUGUCGGAAAAUUCAGUCCUUAUAUCGUGUACAUGAAAUUAAGAAGUGUAGUUAUAGUGUUUCAAUUUGCUAUAAAAUUUAAUUAUUUUAUUUUAGACAGUUUACGCGAGCUAUUCUAACAUUUCUAACAAUUUAUCGAAGAUAGGGUACCGUCCCAGAAUACUAAAAGUAAAACAUAAAUACAAAUAUACAAAAUGGAAACGUCACUUAGUUCCUGUGUUGUGAUAAUGUGAAUAAUGUUUUACGAUUAAACAAUGGCCAGUUAAAACAUUCCUACGGUGAUAUAAAGCUGCGGAUAUUUUUAAAUAGUCAAACGUGAUGUUUGUGUGCGUACUCGAUGAGAUUUCAAUAUGAAUUGGUUCGAUACCUCUGGUUUGACGAGUCUGGCUAAGACGGCGCUGAAAGAGGCCCAGAAGACGCUGGACAAGGCUCUGGACAUUCAGGACGAGAGCGGGGAGGAGGAAGAAUCGGGGGCAUCCACUUCUCAGAUGAAAUCUUCGCCAGGUGAAAGUGAAACUACCCCAAAAGACAACUCUGAUUUCUUCGCUUCUUGGGGCCUCACAGUGAGCGCUGAAGGCCCUCAGGAUGUCAACGAGCAGAUAGUAGUCACCGAGAGCCCUUCUAAGGGCUCUCAAAGCCUCUGGGGCUCUUUCGCAGGAUCUUUCUUUGAACAUCAAAAGAAUUCUGAAACAGAUACAGCUAUUGUUCAACCUCCAAAAGCUAAGUCCAUGAAUGUUAUUAAUGACUCAAAAUAUGGUAGUGCUACCGACUUGUUCUCUAAAAGCCAGCUCGUUAUGUCUGAUGAAUCAGAGUUUGAUGUUAAAAAGGUAAAAGAUGAAGUCAAGGCAGAUGAGAGACGUAAUUCAUCCCGCUCAAAUAGAUUAUCAUUGGUGUCUAGUAGAAAUAGUUCUGAUUCCGUUGAGGUAUUGUCACAGAGUUUGAAGACUACUCCAGACUCUGAAGCUGCAUCUGUUCACUCCAUCUCCCACAGUAGUAGUGUUGGUCAGAAACUUAACUCUGAAUCUGUGGAAAUUUUACCAGACAGCCUUGUGAGUCCCAGCUCUAUUGAAUGUUUAGGCUUUGACAGUUAUUCCAGUGAUAAAAACAGCAGUUCAUCUUCAAAUCUCUCACCUAGCGAGUUGAGCGACAAGAAAUCCACACCAGUUGACAGGACAGAGAAGGCGGAGACUGCGGACAGUGUAAGUUUGGUAGCCGAUGAUGAUGAAGACACCAUGUCCUAUAAUUCCAUCUCAGAAUGCACUGCUCCUACAGUUUUAGACACUGAUGACAAGCCUGUUAGUCCAUUCCCGAAACGAGAAGGCAAGAAGUUGCUAGAGAAAGAAUUUAUACACUUAGAUCCUCCAUUGCUACCACAGAAAAUGCAGAUUAGUGAAAACUCUUCUAAUGAUGGAUCCUGGUCUGAUCGGACCUUGAACGCUGACAAUGACAGUAUGAUUUUAGAUGCCAAUGUUGACGAGCCAAAGAAAGAGACUGAACCUGAGGAUGUCCUUAUGGAGAAAUUGAGUGAUUCAUCCUCAUUUUACAAUGUAAAUGUUUCCAGUGAAAUGAUUAGGUCUGAAAGUUCAGCUUUUGUUAAUGUUGAAAAGCAGCAAUGUAGCCAGUCUGAUAAAUCCGAGUCUCAAAAAGGCAGCGUUAAAGAGCGAACAUCACCAACCAGCUCUGAUAGCAAGAGUGACUUAGUCAAAAUUGGUUCUGAUCGUACCUCCGGCCAUACUUCAGGUGAUGAACUUGAAACAACCACAUCAUCUGACAUUGAGAUCAUUCCAAGUCCAAAUGGUGACAACCAUGGUUUUCGUAACAGUCCUGCCAAAUAUAACUUAAAAAAAUUUGAUGGCACUACCUCGCCAAACCUAGUGGAUUUAGUAUUAGGAAAAUCUUUAGCAACGAAAAUCCGUGGACAUAAUAGAGAAUUAUCUGAAGCAUCAGUUCAAAGUAAUACAAGUGAUGACAGUAGUACAGAGAAUGACCGGUUGAUGCGCCGGUUGUGUGAAAUGGCAGAAAUAUUGGAAGCCAGAGAGAACAGACUGAUGGAAGUGAGCAGGAGCAAUGUAGAGCUGGUGGAGAGUAAUGCAGACUUGAAGACUCAGGUGGAGAGCUUGCUGGCGAAGCAUGGGACGCAAGAGGGAGGAGAUAUUAGUACGAUUACGGAGGACUAUACGCAGAGGAUGUCGGCAUUGGAAAAGAAAUUCCAACAGGCCAUAAGGGAAAAGGACCAAUUACGCAAGCAACUCGACAGCCUCAAAUCCGACUCGUCCCGCAAGAACUCCUCCGAGCUAGAAAGCAAUUUGAAAGAAAGAGACGAAGUUAUAGCGCAGAUGCAAGAGGAAGGAGAGAAACUAGCUCGUCAGCAGUUACAGCAUUCAAAUAUUAUUAAGAAGUUGAGAGCGAAAGAGAAGGAUAAUGAGCAAGUUAUUAAAGGACUCAGGGAUAAAAUAGCUGAACAGACUUCCGAAUUAGAUCGCCUAAAGAGGUCUAUCGCUGCCAAAGAAGAGUUAGAAGUAUCACAAAUAGAGGCGGUAUACCGGCUUACCACCGCGAAUAAGAAACUAGAGGUGGAACUUGCUGAGACUAAAAGCGCACUAGACGACGCAAGCCAACGCCUCACGACGACCCGAGCGUCGCUCGAGGCAGCCAAGCGAGAGCUGGCCGACGUGGAGAGCGAGCGAGUGUCGCUGCGCGCGCGCUGCGGCGCCGCGGCGCGCGCGCAGCGGGACGCCGACCAGGAGCGCGCGCAGCUCGACACGCUGCAACAACAACUGACUAGUUUGAGAACUGAGGUGGUUCAAGAGGAACGCCGCUGGGUGUCGCGCGAAGAAGCCCUCCGUCGCGAGCUGACGGAGGCGCUGGAGCUGUGCGCCGCGCUGGAGGCCCGCUCGUGCGCGUGCGCGUGCGUCGGCGCGGGCGCCGCGCCCGGCGGGGACGGCGCCGGCGCCGGCGCGCUGCUGGCGCAGCUGGCCGCGCUGCAGCGCUCUGCGGUGGAGAGGGACCAGGCACACGUCAAUACUGUGAGAGGGCUGAAACAGCAAGUCGCUGAAGCCGAAACCUCCUUAACCAAAGCCGUCGAACGCGAGCGCCUCUCCCGCGACGAAUUAGAAGAGUUAACCAGACGACUGGCCGCCUCUGAAGGCUUACUGGACGACGCACAGAGCCGACUGGACACAGUUACCAGCCAGUGUCGAGAACUGGUCGCUAGGGUCGAUACACUAGAGGAUGAACUGGCUAGUAAAUCCAGAGAGCUGACACGAGUAAAGGAAGAAACAGGCAAGCAGAUAGCAGUGUUGCGGCAACAGCUCGCCGCCGCUGAGACUGCCCUGGCUGCUGUCCAGGAUGCCUUGGAGACGGAGAAGAAACGAAACGCUAUUCUACAGGAGCAAGUGUCGUGUCGCGGCGACAUUAGCCCGCCGCACUCCGUGGCUUCCGACACGCUGUCAUCAUCUUUAUGGGCUUCGGAGGAGACCGGGCGCGCCACGCCCACCGGCGCCGGCGUCGGCGUGACGUCAGCGGCCGGCGUCGACGAGCUGCUCGCGCACCUGCAGCGCCGCGACGGGGAGCUGCGCGCCGCGCAGGCGCGCGCGGUACAACUCGGCGCCGAGCGCAACACGCUCAGAGACCACGUAGCUUCGCUCCGGGCGAGGCUUGACGACUAUCAGAGCGUCCAAGAGCAAUACGACGCCCUACUCCAAAUGUACGGCGAGAAAGAGGAGCAGUUGGAAGAGGUCCGUCUAGACCUUCAAGAUGUCACGCAGCUGUACAAGGCGCAGCUGGAUGAGCUGGUCGCUCUCAAGCGCAGGUAGCCGUCGGCCGGCGUCUCUUAGACCACUUCCACUUAUACGAAAGGAAACAUUAACGGCUGAAAAUCACAAAAUCACGGAAAAAUAGCCACAACCGAAUACAGAACCUCCUCCUUCUAUGAAAUAGAAGUCGGUUAAAAAGGAACAGGCGGACGCUGAUUUCCAGCGGACAAAACAUAGGGCGCACAAGGAAUACGUAUUUCCGUCAAACGGCCAGUGAUUUAAAUAGUAAUUUUUGCGCGAAAUUGAUAAUUUACAUCGUGAACUAAAUGAUUCUUAUUCUUAACUCUAAGAACAAAUUAAAUUACUUUCGGCAUGUAUUUAACAGGUCACCAGAUUUAGUAAAAUUUUACACCGAAAAAUUCGUUUUUACGUAUUUGAAGUAAUUUUAUAGACGCAACGGACACAAAACAGAAUUCAAGUUUGUACUAUGUCUUAUUUGUGUUACGUCGCAUUAAAAAUGAGGUAAAGCCAAUUUAAUCUCAAAAAGCUACUGCUACUAAUACCGGCUGCUUUUGUUAUCACUGACCAAACUGAGGGGUGAAUGUGUAUGUCAUACUGAACAAAUUUUACUAUGAGCAAAGAUAGAUAUAACUCCGUAAUAGAUGGAUACAGUCUAAGGAAAAAACGUGCCUCGAAAAUCAAGAAAAUUUGACUCUCGAUCAGAUGGCGCCACUAGCUUUGGCCUACUCUCGUAUAGAGGGCGUUGACGAUGACGGUUUCGUUUGUUAUUUAACAAUUUUAACGCAUAUCAGUGAAAGAACAUGGGUCAAAAUCAUAAAAAUAAUUAAUGCCAAUAAAAAAAGUCAAUUAUCCAUAUUUAAAUACAUUUUAUCGUAUUUUUAUAAAUCUUCAUUUUUAGUUUUAAAGUAUGUCGAUAGAUGGCAGUGAAUUUACUGUUGUUACAAAAUUUACUAUGACAGUACCGCUCUAGUAUAAGUUACUCUAUGCUAUGGGGCCAACCCCGAAAUCGCGGAAAAAAAAAUCUGCCGUCUUGUGCAUGUUUUCUAUAGAACAGCUGUUUUUUUUUUCGCGAUUUUGAGGUUGGCCCCAUAGUAAAAGUUGUUCAGUAUGACCUUACAUAUUCACCCGUCAGUUUGGUCAGUGAUAACAAAACCAUCCUGUAUAAUUUAUGCCAAUUGUAUUUCCUUCUUUUUGAAGAAAAAUUGUUCUGUAAUUGCCAUUUAAAUGUAAAACGGUGUUCAACGUGUAUUUCACUUAAAAAAUCACGAAUUUGCACCUGUGUGCUAUGUAGGUACAUAGCUUACAUUGUGAUAUGUCUUUAUUAUAAUACUUAUUAUAGAUUUAUGGUCAAAAAUGUAUAUCCGGACAAAUGUAUGGUCAAGGAACUUGAUUUCUGUGUUACCUUCGUAAUUUGUCACUGAAUUGUAAAUAAAUUUCAUUAAUAAAGUAUGCACUAUUGCAGCUGUGUGUACAUCGUCACAGUGUAAAAAGUAUACAGUGGACCGACUACUUUGACGUAUACCGAGCUACUAACAAUGGCGAAUGUAUGCAGCUCGGGUGCGCGCGGUACACCCCUCGCACCCCGCACGAUUGCUGUCUAGAUGGCUUCGUCGAAUGACUGUCUUGUUUUAUAGACUGUGACAUCGUGGUACAGAAAUACAAUUCCUUGAUUGUACAGGGACGAAACUAUGGAACGAAAAACCUUGUUGUCUAUGGUUUUAGAGCAAUACAAUGACAUAUGUUUAGUCCUUGGAGGAUAUAAGCAAACGGAGACGCCAUGUCUGUAAUUUUCUGUACAAAACAGUCUGCCGGGGAGGGGAACGUCAAAUGUAUACGUAACGUAAAAAUAGCCAUGUCAGAUAAACGUCCAUACAUUAUGUAUGACCAUUGGCCGCCUAUUCUCGACAGAGGGGGAACGCCUGUUAAUGGCUACUCCGUUUGGUUAUAUAUCCUCUAAGGUUUAGUCAUUGGCAACUUAUAAAAGAUGGCUUUGAUAUUAAAGUACCGUCAAAUAAAAAAUACAUGUAACGGUGCUCAGAAAUCUCUGGCAAUUAUGCAAUAGUCGAAUUAGAUAUAAUCUGGUAAAAUGCAGGCAUUAUAUAUACUUAUGCUUAUUAAUUUUGUUUCUUUAACGUUAAAUUUUGAAAAAGCUAAUCUAGUUUUGAUAAUGCAGAAGUUCGCUUAUUGUAGUAAAUAGAAGUAUUAUUUUUGGUGAUAUUUUGAAACUGUCACAAUUCGCCCCAUUUUAAUAUACCCAGAGUAAUUUGCAUUUUAAAAUUCUGACUUCACUACACGAAGUGAUAUUGAGUUAUGUUAGCAAAGUCUGAUGAAGAAAUCGUGAGUAAUAUACACUAGAGGAAAUAAAAGGAUCACUUUGUAUGGGUAUUUGUGUACAAGCUGAUUAGUAGGUACUAAAUACUAAACUUGGAAAUGGCGUAUGAUGAUCUGUUGAGAUUGAAUAAACUUAAAACUUUUUUCAUCUGUUAUUCGGUUUUGCCAAAUUCUUGGUCAAAAAUUUUUUUGAAAUUCAAUAAUUCUACACGGUGGCUAAAAAAUAAGCGCAAUCCCCUUUGCCAGGUAGGUUUUGGGAUUAUACUGAGCAACUUUUACUAUGGGACCAACUCCGAAAUUGCAAAAAGAAAAUUGGCUUUUUCAUACAUUUUGGCUGGUCCAUUUUCUAUGGGAGGGUAAAUUUUUUUUUCCCGAUUUCGUGGUUGGUCCCAUAGUAAAAGUUGCUCAGUAUAAUCCCAAACCUCCCUGGCAACAGGAAUGCACUUAUUUUUUAGCCACCCUGUAUAUAUAUAUUUAUUAUUUUAUUGGUUGCUUAGUUAUAUUCUUUAAACGCCCUAGAAAUCAUCUAAAUUUUACUUAGUAUACUAACUAUGUAAAGAUGUAUAGAUUAAAAUGAUGUAAAGCUAUUCUUAAGUCGCAGACAUAAAUAUGUGAAUGUAAAGAGACCAGUGAUUAAACCGUUCGUUAGUCAGAUUCGGUGUCCAUACAUUUAUGUCAAGGGCUGGGGGUCUUCUGCAAUUACAAUGAUAUUAUAUAAUUAGUUUUAAU